AUCUCUCUUUGAACUUCGAAUCUACCGAAACCCCCAAAGUCUCACAGACAUACUCUCUCUCAUCUGUGUAGUUAUUGUCUGCCAGAAACCUACAAGUUCUGGAGAAAAUGGUGAAUUAAGGAGGACCGCUAUGGCUUCUAGUGCUUACAGAAACGGUGCGCUUAAGGGGGGAGCAGUGAGGCCAAUCUCCGCGGUUAACUCUUCUAAUCUCAAAUCGUCGUCCUUCAAAUCGAGGCCACCUCAUUCGUUGCAGGCUCAAGGGUCUGCGCAUCGCCGUAGCAGUCCCGCAUCAUUUGCUACUGCUGCCGCUGGAAACGAUGGAGUGCCUGGAAGAGUUAGAGUAGCUGUUAGGUUACGACCUCCAAAUGCAGAAGAGUUGGUGGCUGAUGCAGAUUUUGCAGAUUGUGUGGAACUGCAGCCAGAGCUUAAGAGGUUGAAACUCCGAAAAAACAACUGGGAUUCUGAAACUUAUGAGUUUGAUGAGGUCCUCACUGAAUUGGCAUCUCAGAAGCGAGUCUAUGAGGUCGUUGCUAAGCCCGUUGUAGAGAGUGUCCUUGAUGGUUACAAUGGCACAGUUAUGGCCUAUGGUCAGACCGGUACAGGAAAAACUUUUACUCUUGGAAGGUUGGGAGAUGAAGAUACAGCUGCUCGUGGAAUCAUGGUUCGCUCAAUGGAGGAUAUCUUAGCAGAUAUUUCUCCAGAGACUGAUUCUGUCUCUGUCUCAUAUUUGCAGCUUUAUAUGGAAACCAUUCAGGACCUCCUUGAUCCUGCAAAUGAUAAUAUUUCCAUUGUAGAAGAUCCAAAAACCGGAGAUGUUUCAUUACCUGGGGCAACCGUUGUAGGGAUCAGCAACCAACAGAUUUUUAUUGAGCUGCUGAGAGUAGGGGAAGCUCAUCGAAUUGCUGCAAAUACAAAGUUGAACACUGAAUCUUCACGCAGUCAUGCGAUUCUGAUGGUACAUGUGAAGAGGUCAGUUGUGGCCAGAGAGGAUACCCUUCCAAGUGAAAUGCACAACUCUCACCUGGUAAAACCGUCAAAGCCACUAGUUCGGAAAAGCAAGCUGGUUCUUGUGGAUCUUGCUGGUUCAGAACGUGUUCACAAGUCAGGUUUGUGUUUCAGAUUAUUUCAUCGAGUCAGAAUACUUUUAUACAAAGACGGCUUUCUGCACCUACUUGAGGUGUGGGGGCAUCUGAGCAGGAACUUUGCUUCUCUCUGCAUAUUUGUUGAUCCCACUCGAAAUCAUCUCAAGAGUAUUUAACUUGUAGAAUUUUUCCUAAUGUCCUGUUGAUUCUGGAAGGAAAGAUGUAGUGAAAUAUGGUAAUGGGGGCUAAAGUGGAAAACUAGGUGGCAUUUGAGACCAAUUCUGGAUUAGAAGAAAUCUGACAUCAGGUCACUGACAUUUCUUUGAUGUUAUUUAGAGUGUAUUGAUUGAAAUAAU